AUGAUGGCGGCGUCGCUGCUGCGCCGGGACAAGAAGGCUACUGCUACCCACUUGAAAGCAGCCCUUACCCAGAGUGACAAUAGCUCCGGCCUACGGCAGCUUCAUGAGCUGCUUGAUACCGUCCUAAACCCAGAGACGCCUGCUGCGGACACUGAGGCGCUGGACUGGUGCAAAUGUCUGAUCGCAGGAGGCGAAGGAUUCGAGGAGUUUUGCAGAACAGACGUGUGGCAUCUCACCCUAAGCCAAGCUGGUGGGGCCUGUGACUGUGGAGACAGUAAUGUCAUGCGAGAGAGUGGAUUUUGCUUCCGGCAUCGAUUAAGAACGGGGGAGAAUGUUCCCACAAUUCCUCAAGAUCUUCUCUUAAUGUCAGAGAUGGUUCUUCCUCGGUUUAUUGUGUGUAUUAUACAGUAUCUGAGGGAUGGUUACACAGAAGCAGACAAUUCAAUUGAGAGAGAUCUGCAGAAAGUGCUGCAACAGCUGGAGCCACAGAUCUCCUUCUUGGAGGAGCUUACAAAGAUGGGAGGAGCAAUGAGAACAGUGUUAACAAAGAUCUUAACCAAUCAGCAGACAUUCAAAGAAUUAAGCAUGGGUCAAGAAGAUAAUCUCUAUGCAAAGAAGAACUAUGAAAAGUAUUUGUCAGCACUUAAAAAUUCAGGUUUAGUCUCUGUGGAAGAGAAAAGCCAAUGUACCGCGGCGGAUGCUGGGACUGGAGCCGAAGGUGGUGCAGGGGCUGUAUCUUUAUUGGGAGGCUCUGUAUCCAGUAGUCCAAAUGAUUCUGGAAAAGAUGAUGAUCAAGACUCUGGACAAUCUGUAGGACAGAGGAAGAGGGUUAAGCUAAGUAGCAGUACCAAAGAUCCCUGUAUAAUUGAAUCUUUGAAGCAUAAAUGCUUUUUGGAAGAGUUGUUAUUCUGGACUAUAAAAUAUGAAUUUCCCCAAAAGAUGGUGACUUUUUUACUAAACAUGUUGCCAGAUCAAGAUUACAAGAUCACGUUUACAAAAACAUUUGUACAGCAUUAUGCAUUCAUCAUGAAAACACUGAUGAAAAGCCAUGAGUCUGAUACCAUGUCCAACCGAAUAGUGCAUAUCAGCGUGCAACUGUUUAGCAAUGAGGAGCUUGCUCGGCAUGUGACGGAGGAGUGUCAGCUAUUGGACAUUAUGGUCACUGUGCUUCUCUACAUGAUGGAAAGCUGCCUUAUUAAAAGUGAACUUCAGGAUGAAGAAAACAAUCGUCAUGUUGUUGUGAACUGCAGUGAGGCCCUUCUGAAAAACAACACUUAUUGGCCUUUAGUUAGUGAUUUUAUCAACAUCCUUUCACACCAAAGUGUUGCUAAAAAGUUUUUGGAUGACCAUUCCUUGCUAAUGCUGUGGAUGAGUUUUGUGUCAUUUUUUCAAGGUAUGAAUCUUAAUAAACGAGAGUUGAAUGAACACGUGGAGUUUGAGUCUCAAACUUACUAUGCAGCAUUUGCAGCAGAGCUUGAAGCUUGUGCACAGCCAAUGUGGGGUCUACUCACUCACUGCAAAGUAAAAGACACACAAGAAUACACAAAAACUGUGGUUCGGUAUUGUCUUGAGACGUUGCAAAUCUGGUUUGAUGCCAUUGGAUUCAUUGAUGAACCUGCUCCUAAUCAAGUGACAUUUCACUUGCCAUUGCACAGAUACUAUGCUAUGUUUCUGAGUAAGGCUGUGAAGUGCCAAGAGUUGGACCUGGACAGCCUCCUACCCGACCAAGAGAUGCUCAUGAAGAUCAUGGUCCAUCCUCUUCAAAUUCAGGCGUGUCUCUCUGAGAUUCAUAGCAACAUGUGGGUCAGGAAUGGUCUUCAAAUCAAAGGACAGGCCAUGACGUAUGUGCAGUCCCACUUCUGCAACUCGAUGAUUGAUCCUGACAUCUAUCUUCUCCAGGUCUGUGCAUCAAGACUUGACCCUGAUUACUUUAUCUCAAGUGUCUUUGAAAGAUUCAAAGUGGUUGAUCUGUUGACUAUGGCAUCACAACAUCAAAAUGCUGUGUUAGACUCUGAACAAGAAAGACCAAUGCUGGAAGGAGCGCUGACAUUCUUGGUCAUUUUGACUAGUCUUCGCAUUCAUUUGGGAAUGUCUGAUGAUGAAAUCCUUCGGGCUGAGAUGGUCUCCCAGAUGUGUAUGAAUGACCGUACACACAGCGCAUUAUUAGACCUUAUACCUGAAAAUCCUAAUCCAAAGAGUGGGAAUGUAUCAGGAGCGUGCAGCUUUGAGGAAAUGCUUUCAGCUGUUGCUGACUUUAAAGCACCAGUGUUUGAGCCUGGAGGUUCAAUGCAACAAGGGAUGUACACUCCUAAAGCUGAAGUGUGGGAAAUGGAGUUUGACCCCAUAAUGGUUGUUCUGAGAACAGUCUAUCGACGUGAUGUUCAGUCUGCGAUGGACAGAUAUGCUGCGUUCUUGAAACAAUCUGGGUUUCAUACUGGUAAUCCAUGGCCUCCUUACAAGGAGAGGACUCCACUUCAUCCAUGUUACAAAGGCCUGAUACGGCUGCUGCACUGCAAGACUCUGCACAUUGUGAUUUUCACGCUUCUUUAUAAGAUAUGGAUGGAUCAUCAAAACAUGUCUGAGCACGUGCUGUGUAUGGUCUUGUACCUGAUUGAACUUGGUUUGGACAACCAGGUUCAUGACAUAAAGCCUGAUGAGGAACCCUGUAUCGAGGAGCACUGUCAUGAUAGCUGGUUUCCUGGAACUAACCUACUUUCAAAUCUUCACCAUGUCAUUAACUUUGUGAGAGUGCGGGUUCCUGAGACAGCACCUGAAGUCAAGAAAGAGACUCCUCCAAGCACCAGCUCAGAAGCUUCUUCUUAUGGACAGAAUUCAAGGCGUCUAUCAGGCAAUUGGAGAGAGAAUGUCCGUGAAGCUCAAGUAUUCAGCCUGGUGGCCGAACGCAGAAGAAAAUUUCAAGAGAUUAUCAAUCGCAGCAACACGGAAGCUGCUCAAGUUGUUCGACCUAAAAGCUCUUCAACACGCUGGGUUCCACCAGGAACGCCGCCGCAGUUGGUCACAGAGAUCUUGGAGAUUCGUGAAAGCAUGCUGUCCCUCCUGAUAAAGCUCCACCAAAAACUCUCCUCCAAGCAGAACUCGCUGCCAGCCUCAUGGCUGGAGGAUAUGGAUACAACCCGGCAUGCCCAUGGUGAUGGAAUCACAGCCAUCGAACGUAUCCUUACUAAGGCAGCAACACGCAGCUGCCAAAUCAAGCGCAGUAUUCAAGAAAUAUGUGGGAAAGUAUAUCCUCCUGUGCCCCCAAAGAAGAACAGUCCCACUGACAAAAAAACUAUGGACAAAGAAGAAAGGCGUCAGAGAGCCAGAGAGAGACAGCAAAAACUGCUUGCAGAGUUUGCCUCCAGGCAGAAGAGUUUCAUGGAAACAGCAAUGGAUGUUGAAUUACCAGAAACGGACGCAACUAUGGAUUUGGGACCAACUGAGAUUAUGGAGUCUGAAGUUCUUUAUGACUGUGUAAUAUGUGGCCAGAGCGGCCCUUCAACAGAAGACCGACCGACUGGCCUGGUUGUUCUCCUCCAGGCCUCUUCUGUCCUUGGGCAUCGGAGCAAAAGUGAAGAUGCUAAAAACCUUCCAACUUCGGAUGAAGAGCGCAUUUAUCCUUCAGACACUUGUGGUGUCGCUCAUGACGUUAGACUCACACUGAUGCAGAGAUUCUUCAAAGAUAGUUCUUGCCUGCAGUCAGUGUCUAUUGGUUGGGAUGGUGGUGUCUAUGUCCAAACCUGCGGCCACACUUUGCAUAUAGAUUGCCAUAAGUCAUACAUGGAAUCUUUAAGGAAUGACCAGGUUCUACAGGGUUUCUCUGUUGACAAAGGAGAGUUUACCUGCCCACUCUGUCGACAGUUUGCUAACAGUGUAAUACCCUGUCGCCCCGGCCGUGGUACAGAGGCUGGUGCAUGGCACACUCCCACCAACAAAAAGACUUCUGUGCUUGUGAAGGAAGUUGAGGAUCUUCAAGAGAAAAUAAGCUUCUUUCCUACGGAGUCCAACUUGUCUAAAGAGAUGGAGUUGGUAAUCAAAGACAUAAAAAAUGCAACCCAGAAAAAGUACAUGGACUACGGAAAGAACCCAGGUUCUCCUGAUAAUGACUUCCUCUUCAUGUACUCUGUUGCACGGACAAACCUAGAAUUGGAACUAGUGCACCGUGGCGGUAAUUUAUGUUCUGGAGGAGCCAGUGCUGCUGCCAAGCGUUCAUGUUUAAAUCAACUUUUCCAUGUGUUGGCAAUGCACAUGCGCCUGUACAGCAUUGAUUCGGCCUACAACCCAUGGACCAAGCUGACUCAGACUGCAGCCAGUAAGGAGGCGGAUUCUUUCGAUGAAGAAAGACCUGAAGUCCCCAUGUUAUUCCGAGAUGUUCCGUCCUUGCUUAUAAUUUUCAUCUUGACCAUGCCACACCCUCUUCGAAAAGAACACUUCACCUGUGUGGUAAGGAUGCUGUACAACCUGCAGUUCACUCAGGCGCUGGCAGCUCUUUCAACCAAGUUCAGUUCAGAAGAGAGACAGGCUUGGAGUUCAUCUGGAGCACUUAAGAGGAAAGCUGCAAACAGUGAUAAAACCUUUGACGCACUGCUGAGUCACGUGAUCAGUGAGCUCUCUGUGGACAUGCGCAUCUACACUAUGAACACUGAAGAAACGCCAAUGCUCAGCUCCAGUGUGUGGUCACCACAGUCUAUAGAGUUUGGCCUCCAGCAGUUCUGCCUGCCCUUCCUUCGCCUGUCCUGCCUUCUGCAGCAUCACCUUUAUGGAGACAACCUUUCUGGUUGCCCUGAGCAAGAGGAGUUUGUGUCGUUGGCUAUAUCGUUGGGGCUUUUCUCCUCUGCCUCUCAGCCCUCAGACUCGGAGCUCAGCGCCUCAUGUCUGGACUGGCCCAUCAGUGCGUUUGACUUGAUCACUCAAUGGUGCAGUGAGAUCAUAGGCCUUUCACAGAUGCAAGCAGAGCAGUCUCUUACCUUGCUUGUCCAGGCUUCUCAGUGGGCAGCACCUCAUCUGCUCCAGCUUCCAGACAAUUACAAUGUCAUAUUUCAGUACUACCACAGGAAAACCUGUAGUGUCUGCAAAAAGGUGCCAAAAGACCCUGCCCUCUGCCUUGUGUGUGGAGCCUUUGUCUGUCUCAAAGGAGUUUGCUGCAAACAGCAGGGCAUCUGUGAAUGUGUUUUGCACUCUCAACAUUGCGGGGCAGCCACAGGUAUUUUUUUGUUGAUAAAUGCCUCAGUCAUCAUUAUUAUACGUGGGCAUCGCUUCUGCUUGUGGGGCUCUGUUUACCUGGAUGCGCAUGGAGAGGAAGACAGAGAUUUACGUCGUGGAAAGCCACUUUUCUUGUGUGAAGAGCGCUACAGGGUGUUGGAACAACAAUGGGUGUCCCACACCUUCGAUCACAUCACCUCUGAGAUGCUGCUUCUACAGGUUGUCCCGCACAUGGACAUCCACAUGCCCUCCAUGCCUCCUCCAGAGUUCAAACAUGAGGCUACGUCGACGAAGUCGAGAAGGAGGUCGCUGUAUGGAUUGUAUCCAUCCAGUAUGAUUGGCCUGGAGACUCUGGGCGAUCCUUCAGGUUGUUGGGACAUUGUGGAGACCAUCGGCAAAGGGACUUAUGGAAAAGUGUACAGAGUGACCAACAAGAAAGAUGGCAGUCAGGCUGCUGUCAAAGUGCUGGACCCGAUCAAUCACACAGUCCAUUCAAACAGAGAUGUGGAUGAAGAGAUAGAGGCUGAGUACAAUAUCCUACGGACCCUGUCCAACCACCCUAACGUAGUGAAGUUUUAUGGCAUGUUCUAUAAGUCUGAAAAGCAGUCUGGAGGACAACUGUGGCUGGUCCUGGAGCUGUGCAACGGUGGAUCUGUCACGGAGCUCAUCAAAGGUCUCCUGGUGCGGUCUCAGCGUCUGCAGGAGCCUGUUAUCGCAUACAUCUUAUAUAGUGCCCUCCUGGGUCUCCAGCAUUUGCAUAACAACCGGAUUAUCCAUCGCGACGUCAAAGGCAACAAUAUUCUCCUGACGACAGAUGGAGGAGUCAAACUUGUUGACUUUGGUGUUUCAGCUCAGCUCACCAGUGCCCGGCUGCGGAGGAACACGUCUGUGGGGACCCCCUUCUGGAUGGCUCCAGAGGUGAUCGCCUGUGAGCAGCAGUAUGAUUACUCGUACGACUCCCGCUGCGAUGUGUGGUCUCUUGGCAUCACGGCCAUCGAGCUGGCAGAUGGAGACCCCCCUCUGGCUGAAAUGCACCCGGUCAAAGCACUCUUCAAGAUCCCCCGAAAUCCUUCUCCUACGUUAAGAAAUCCUGAACAGUGGUGCAGGAGUUUCUGCCACUUUAUUGGACAGUGCUUGAUAAAGGAUUUUGAGGCCCGGCCCUCGGUGACCCACCUUUUAGAGCACCCCUUUAUCAAACAGGCCCAUGGCAAAGAAGUGCUGCUCCGACGGCAGCUGGCGGCACUCGUUCAGGAGCAGCAGGAGCUGGGCUGCAAAACCAGAACCAAACAUGAAAGGAUCAGCACUCGGAAAACUCUAGUGAUCGAGCGCUGUCUGGACGAUGAUCUUGUAAAUCUAGAAUUCCUUGAUGAGGAAACCAUAAUUAACCAUCUCCGUAAGAGGUAUGAAGAGCUGCAGGUUUACACAUAUGUGGGAGAUAUUCUUAUCGCUCUGAAUCCUUUUCAAAACCUCAGCAUCUACUCUCCACAGUUCUCUAAAUUAUACCACGGAGUAAAACGGGCAGACAACCCUCCACAUAUCUUUGCCACCGCUGAUGCUGCAUACCAAAGCAUGGUCUCUUUCUGCAAAGAUCAGUGCAUCAUUAUCAGUGGAGAAAGCGGUGCGGGUAAAACUGAAAGCGCCCAUUUAAUCGUUCAGCAUCUCACCUUUUUGGGAAAGGCAAACAACCGGUCGCUCCGUGAGAAAAUCUUGCAGGUAAAUCCACUCGUCGAGGCCUUUGGGAAUGCCUGCACUGCCAUCAACGAUAACUCCAGCCGCUUCGGAAAAUACCUGGAGAUGAAGUUCACCACGUCAGGAGCUGUCAUUGGGGCCAAGAUCUCGGAAUACCUACUGGAGAAAUCCCGGGUCAUCAAACAGGCCUUAGGAGAGAAGAAUUUUCACAUAUUCUACUACAUUUAUGCUGGCCUGUAUCACCAAGAUAAACUCAAGACCUACAGACUCCCAGACAAGACUCCUCCGAGAUACAUCGACUGUCAGCGGUGCAAAGUGAUACAAGACAUCGUCAGUUGCAAAAUGUACACUGAGCAGUUCGAUGCAAUCCAAGAGUGUUUCCGAAAUAUUGGCUUCACUGAAGAGGAAGUCUUCUCAGUUUACAAAAUCCUCUCUGCUAUAUUGAACACUGGCAACAUUGAAUUUGCCUCCAUCACAUCCCAGCACCAGACUGACAAGAGUGAAGUGCCUAACUCAGAGUCCUUAGAAAACGCCGCAUCGCUCCUCAGCAUUGGGCCAGAGGAGCUGCAGGAGGCCCUCACAUCCCAGUGCGUGGUGACCCGGGGCGAGACCAUCAUCCGCCCCAACACUCUGGACAAGGCCGUGGACGUACGCGACGCCAUGUCCAAGGCCCUGUACGGACGCCUGUUCAGCUGGAUCGUCAACCGCAUCAACUCCCUGCUGCAGCCGGACGCCAACAUCUGUGCCGCGGAGAGUGGCAUGAAUGUGGGAAUCCUGGACAUCUUUGGAUUUGAAAACUUCAAGAAAAACUCAUUUGAACAGCUAUGCAUUAAUAUUGCAAAUGAGCAAAUACAGUUCUACUUCAACCAGCAUAUUUUUGCCCUGGAGCAGAUGGAGUACCAGAGUGAGGGGGUGGAUGCCAGUCUGGUCGAGUACGAGGACAACAGACCCAUCCUGGACAUGUUCCUGCAGAAGCCCAUGGGUCUCCUGUCUCUGCUGGACGAGGAGAGCCGCUUCCCCCAGGCCACAGACCACACUCUCGUGGAUAAAUUUGAAGACAAUCUACGAUGCAAAUACUUCUCAAUACCUAAGCGCAUGGAGCUCUGCUUUGGGAUCCAGCAUUAUGCAGGAAAGGUGAUGUACAAUGUCAAUGGAUUUUUGGAAAAGAACAGAGAUACUCUUCCUGCAGACAUUGUACUGGUCCUGAGAACUUCAGAGAACAAACUUCUGCAGCAGCUGUUCUCCAGCCCCUUAACUAAAACAGGAAACUUGGCCACGUCUCGGGCCAGAGUGACUGCUGCCUCUCGGUCUCUGCCUCCCCUUAGUUCGGGCCGUAACAAGUCUCCUAAGUACUUGUUGAAGGUGGACACUAUGGAGAUGAUGCGUCACCCUGGAGAGACCACCAAUAUGAGAAGACAAACUGUGGCCUCGUACUUCAGAUACUCCCUGAUGGAUCUGUUGUCGAAAAUGGUAGUGGGCCAUCCCCACUUUGUUCGUUGCAUUAAGCCCAAUGACGACAGACAGGCUCUGUGCUUCUGUGAGGAGCGAGUGCUGGUGCAGCUGCGCUACACAGGCGUCCUGGAGACCGUCAACAUCCGCAGACAGGGAUACUCCCACCGCAUCCCAUUUGACGAGUUUGUCAACAGAUAUUAUUAUAUUGCUUUCCGGUCGCAUCAGCCACCGGAGCCUGGUAGAGAAAAUACCACUGCCAUCUUGCAACGAGCCAAAUUGGAGAAUUGGGUGAUGGGGAAAACAAAGGUCUUUCUGAGGUACUACCACGUAGAGCAGCUAAACCUGCUUUUGAGAGAAGUGAUCGCACGCGUUGUGGUGUUACAAGCCUACACUAAAGGCUGGCUUGGGGCACGGCGUUAUCAAAGAGUAAAGAAGAGGAGAAAAAGAAGUGCCAUCAUUAUUCAAUCAGCCUGGAGAGGAUAUAUGGCUCGUCAGCUCUACAAGCAGAUGAAGAAGCAGCGAGACAUGGCUGAAGCCCAAAAACAGUCUGUUCAUAGAGACCAUCAAGUGAGACAAGAUCGUCAUGUACCCCAAGACCAAAUUUCCUCUGAGACGAAAAGUACCAGCAUCAAAGGGAACAGCAGGUUAGACAACAAAGAAGUUGGCAAUCAUGAACUAACACAAAGAGUCUAUCCCGACAGCCAAGAUAGACAAGUGAAAGACGUGAGCAGAGACAAAGGCAAAGCAGAAGACAGUGCAGGGAGCAGGGAGACAGUCAGACUCCGAGACACGCAGUGUAAACAAGGUCCAGUGAUGAAGCCCCAGCACAGAACUACUCGCCGCCGGGGCCAGCAGCCCAAGCUGCUCAACAGCCCUGAGGACAGCCUGUACUACAACCAGCUCAAUAGAACUCUGGAUUACCAGGGGAGUAAGAGGAAGCCGCGAAAACUUGGACAAAUCAAAGUGCUGGAUGGAGAAGACGAGUACUACAAAUUACUGUCGACUGUGGAGUCUAUCCCCGAGGACGAGUUGGAGAGCGUGGCCCCCUCCCGUUUCUUCUAG